GCCAUAAACCCAACCAAGUAGUUCACGCAUCCUAUCACACUGAAAACAACAACCUAAUUAAUAAGAUCUAAGAAUGUGGAGUUAGUUGACUUGUUUUCCCUUGACCAAUUCUACCCAUGCCAAAAUCCGGCAAUCGCCCAACCUCAUCUUCUUGUUUGCCAUGAAUCACCUCCAACUAUGUUUUUCUUCAUCAACAAAUACCUCAAAACCAAUUCAAAAGUCACCAAGAAGCACCAGUCUGAGAUGUCAUCUGGCUGCAUAUCUGCGGAUGCUCCUCAAGCUUGCAUCCGGGGCUGCUGUCUUGCUCUGGUCGAAACCAGUCACCAUAACAAACGCCUAAGCAACGCCAAGACAGUAAACACAACAACAACAACAACAACAACAAAAGCAUCACGCUCAGACUUCGUCACCACCACGGUCACUCUUCUCAUGUCCAACACCUUCUUCACCAACCAUGAAUCCCUCCCAACAAUCUCUGACGCCUUCUCUAAUUUUAUCUCUACUUAUCCCCAAUAUACAAACACUGAGCAAGCUGAUCACAUUAGAGACUAUGAGUAUUAUCAUCUAUCUUCUCAUACUUGUCUUGACUAUACGGGCCAUUGCCUUUUCUCGCAUGCUCAAUUAUUGCCCACAGCUUCAUCCAUUCAUGCACCCGUCAGAGUGCCGUCCUUUGCUAUCUCCUACAAGUCUGCCAGCCUCAAGUCUCAAGUCCUCUACGGUGAUCAAGAAUCAGCAAUGGAAUCGAGCAUUAGAAAGCGAAUUAUGAGAUUCCUGAAUAUCGCCGAAGAUGAAUAUAGCAUGGUCUGCGUCGCAAACAGGACUAGUGCAUUCAAGAUCUUGGCUGAGUAUUACCCCUUCCACACCAACAAGAGGUUGCUAACUGUCUAUGAUUAUGAAAGUGAAGCCGUGAAUGUUAUGAUAGAGAGCGCUCAAAAAAAGGGAGCUAAGAUUGUCUCCGCUAGUUUUUCAUGGCCUAAUUUGAGGAUCAACACAGGAAAAUUGAAGAAGUUGGUGAUCAAGAAGAAGAAGAUGAAGAAUGGACUUAUGGUUUUCCCUCUUCAGUCAAGAAUGACUGGUGCCCGAUACCCGUAUUUGUGGAUGAGCUUGGCUCAGCAGAAUGGUUGGCAUGUUGUUUUAGAUGCUAGUGCUCUUGGGCCGAAAGAUAUGGAUACUCUCGGUUUGUCUUUGAUUCAACCAGAGUUCAUAAUUUGUUCUUUUUUCAAGGUUUUUGGAGAGAAUCCUUCUGGUUUUGCAGCCUUGUUUAUCAAGAAAACAAUUACUAGUGUGUUGGAGACUUCGGUUGUUGGUAGGAGUAUCGGUAUAGUUCGAAUAAUUCCAACGAAAGCAGGGUCUCAGAUUUCUGAGGAAUUCUCUGGAAAUGAGUCUGAGUAUUCACAGGUCCCAAGUUCAUUGUCUGGUCCUGAAUCUAGCCAUGCUCAUUGUGAUCUGAAGCAGAAGCAAGUUGAGGUGUUUGAGAUUGGAGAGACUUCUGAGAUUCAAGGUUCAAAACCCCGAGAAGAAGAAGAUGAUGAUGAAAUUGUUGAGUUGGAGAGUGAUGAUUAUGUUCAGGAAUCAAGUGUUAAUAAGACUUGUGGUAAUGAGAGAACACCGUAUUCAGAGAUUGAACUUAGAGGACUUGAUCAUGCAGAUUCUAUUGGAUUGCCACUCAUUACUGGCAGAUUGAGAUACAUUGUAAAUUGGUUAGUGAAUGCAUUAAUGAAACUCCGGCACCCGAAUUCUGAUAGAGGGCAGCCUUUAGUUCAACUAUAUGGUCCUAGGAUAAAGUUCGACAGAGCACCUGCAGUUGCAUUCAAUGUGUUUGAUUGGAAAGGGGAAAAGGUUGAUCCUACACUUGUCCAGAAACUUGCUGACCGAAGUAGCAUUUCUCUGAGUUGUGGAUUUCUACAGAACAUAUGGUUUUCUGAUAAAUACGAAGAAGAUAAGAAUGUAUUGCUGGAGAGGAGAGUUUGCGAGGUGACCAUUGCAGGUAAUAAGAGAAGAGAGACAAUUGAUUUGGGUAUAACUGUUGUCAAUGCUUCCCUCGGUUUCUUAUCGAAUUUCGAAGAUGCAUAUAGGCUUUGGGCUUUUGUGGCCAAGUUCUUGGAUGCUGAUUUUGUCGAGAAGGAGAGAUGGAGAUACAUGGCUCUUAAUCAGAAGAUGAUUGAGGUAUAGAAUUUCAUUCUUCCCUUACAGAGAUUUAGCUCUUGCUUACAGUUUCAGGCUGAUGGUAAUUCAGAUAUCUUUCAGCAUAUCAUGUUUGUGUGCUGACUGUGGAUGUAGAGAUUUGUUUAUUCUUUAUCAAUCAAACUUUUAAAUCAUUGUAAUUCAAAACUUUUGAUGUUACAACAGAAAAGAAGAAUGAAAGUUGCCGAACUAUUUGUCAA